GUGACAGAGGGUGAGGAGGAAGACGAGGGGAAACUUUUUUUUACAGCCAACUGGUAGUUACUGUUUGAUGCCCGAACACAAUCUCAGUCUCAUAUUCGUUUAUCGUGUCAGUGAGUCAGCGUUGUUGUCGUCUGAGUGAGAUUUGUAUUUUUUUUUUUGGACUGUCUUUCCUGUGGCGAGGCUAAAGUCGUGAACGGCGACCCCCGGCUGAAAACCCAUCAGAAGUUUGUUCGAGUAUAAAUACGCAAGAAGAGGAGGAACUAUGACCAACAGAGAAGACGAAUAUGACUAUCUUUUUAAAGUGGUGCUGAUUGGAGAUUCAGGUGUAGGGAAGAGCAACCUGCUGUCCCGCUUCACCCGAAAUGAGUUCAACCUGGAGAGUAAGAGCACCAUCGGGGUGGAGUUUGCCACGCGCAGCAUCCAGGUAGAAGGCAAGACCAUCAAGGCUCAGAUCUGGGACACGGCCGGACAGGAGCGAUACCGAGCUAUCACUUCUGCGUACUAUCGUGGAGCAGUUGGAGCUCUCUUGGUUUAUGACAUUGCCAAGCACCUGACGUAUGAAAAUGCUGAGCGCUGGCUGAAGGAGCUGCAGGACCACGCAGACAGCAACAUAGUCAUCAUGUUAGUGGGCAACAAAAGCGAUCUGCGCCACCUAAGGGCGGUACCCACAGACGAGGCCAAGGCCUUCGCAGAAAAACAUGGCUUGUCUUUUCUGGAGACGUCAGCGUUAGACUCAUCUAAUGUGGAGCUGGCUUUCCAAACUAUUCUCACAGCCAUCUACAACAUCGUGUCACAGAGGCAGAUGUCAGGACGAAGCGACUCAGACUUCUCACCAGCCUCCAAUGUAGUGCCCAUCACGGUUGAGCCCACCCAAAACUCAGCCAAUAAGGGUCUGUGCUGCCAGACCAACUGAGACCUUACCACUGACCUCCUCCUUCACCUCCAGGCAAUUUGGAGAAAAAGCCAGAUAGACAAAGAGGGACAGACAGAUGGACAGGGAUAAAUGAAGAGACAGGUAGAGAGAACCGUUUCACACAAAGACACUUGUACUGGGCUUUAUUUAGUACAUUGUCUGGCUAAGAAGAUUUAACAGUAUGAAGAGAGGGAUCAGUGAAGGAAGGGUAGUAAAAAAAAAUAAAAUAAAAGUUUAGAUACCGGACAGGGGUGGUGUGGUGAGAGUGGGAAGAAAACAGGUGAGAUGCGCCCCCUGCACAAAGUUUUGUGGUUCCACUUGGGGCUUGAUCAGCUUUUAAAAAUGAAAGAGGUACAUGAUCAGAAUUGAUUCACAAUCUAAUGAAAGAUUUAACACAUUUAUAAGAUCCCCUUUUUUUUGUUUCUCAUCAUGAUUUCUGUGUUUUCAACCUGUCCUCCCUUUUUUUGAAAGCUCUAUUUUAUUAAAAGCCACUAAAUGAUUUCCCUCAGUUUCCCAUUAUCAGGAUAAAGUGCAAAAAAUAAAAAAACCCUUCUGUCACCACUGUCAUUCCCAUUUUCCCAAAAUGUUAAGCUGGAAUACAAUAUUUAUUGAAAACUAUAUUAAGGUCUUGUUUGGCCAGAGGGUUUGCAUUUUAACACUGGUUGGUUGAACUUUUCCACACUCUGUCGCUUUUCUUUUUUUGGUGAUGCUUUUGCUUCAGCCCACAAUCAUCUCAGUGUAAAGAUGCUCGAAAGGGCAACUACCCCUCACUAAUGGAGGAGCAGGGGCUUCAUGCCAUUUUUCUUAAAUGCACAUGCUGGAAUUUUUGUCGAAGCUGGUUGGUUCAAAUUAUGUUCCACCAGACCACUCAGAGCAAUAACAUCCCUCCCUAACAGUGACAUGUAAUUUCUUUUUGAUUGCUUUUGAUCUUUGUUUGGAAGGCUUUCCUGCUCUGUGCACACUUUGUACUCUACAGAUGAGUCAUGCUCUUACAAGCUUUGCACAGUAUUAACUCUAAAUGAGAUGGGAUAGCUGCAUCACUAGUGGAUGGGUUAACCGCCGAUGGGAUAGCUCUAUUGAUGACCAUCUCACCCCUGGCCUGACCUUUUUCGGGUGUAAUGGGAGAGAUUAGGGAAUUGGUUUAAAUGCAUGGACAACCCUUUUGCUGCCGCUGCUGCCUGCUAGCUUGUAUGGAUGGAUGGAUGGAUGGGUGGAUGGAUAAUGUUUCAGGGGGCGAGGUAGUGAGGGCACUCAGCCCUGCCCUGCUCCUGUGGUCUCUGAUGUACCCGAGAUGGCUUGUUUUACUGUAAAUGAAAUCCUCCACUGCCUUCUCACCUACUCUUUUCUGUCUCUCUCUACACUGUAUGUAACUGGAACAGGACUCUGCCUUCCGGGAUCUCCCUGAGGUCUGCCCUCACUCUCACUUGUCUUUAUUUCCUGUGUGUGUGUGCGUGUG